GCAUUAUGCAAAUAAAAUGUUAGACGCAUUGAACACUGUACCAGGAAGUAGUGGCUGAACCGAGAGAACAUCAGUCCUGCCAAAAGAGACUGGUUCCUCAUUCUGCUGCUUAGGUGAAGCAACAACAGACAAAUGAGGGUGAGAAGGUUGUAACGGGAAUUAUCCUGACAACUAUUCGCUUUAACUUCACGCGACAGGGCAGGCUGAUACCUAACAGGAAUCAUGGGUUGUAAAAAAUCCAAGCUGACCGAGGGCCAGAAUGGUGGCAUGCUCGAUAAAACACAACAGCCAGUACGUACUGACCAAACUGUAUAUGUGAGAGAUCCCACCUCCAGUAAGCCACAUGCUAUAAAUGAUUCUGCUCCCUCCGGGUUGCUACCUGGUCAGGUUUUCCAGAUGGAAGAAAAGAAGGAGAGGGAUAAAAUCGUCAUAGCCUUGUACCCGUAUGAGGCUAUACAUGCCGAUGACUUGGGAUUCAAGAAGGGAGAGAAAAUGCGAGUUCUGGAGGAGCAUGGAGAAUGGUGGAAAGCCUGUUCUCUCACCACCAGAAAAGAGGGCUUCAUUCCUUCCAAUUAUGUGGCCCAAGCAGACACCAUGGAAAUGGAAGAAUGGUUCUUUAAGGAUAUAACCAGGAAGGAUGCAGAAAGGCAACUUUUGGCACCAGCAAACAAACCAGGAGCUUACCUCAUCCGCGAGAGUGAAACCUCAAAGGGAAGUUAUUCGCUCUCCAUCAGAGAUGUUGACAGCCAGGGCAUGGAUGCAGUCAAACACUACAAGAUCCGCAGCCUGGAUAAUGGAGGAUAUUAUAUCUCUCCGAAAAUCACCUUCCCAGAUAUCAGCAGCAUGAUCAAACAUUAUCACAAGCAACCAGACGGCCUGUGUCGUAAACUAGAGAAGUCCUGUGAUAAGCCCAAAGCUCAGAAGCCAUGGGAUAAAGAUGCGUGGGAAAUCUCCAAAGAGUCCAUCAAGAUGGUGAAGAAACUCGGAGCUGGCCAGUUUGGAGAGGUGUGGAUGGCAUAUUAUAACAACAGCACCAAAGUUGCUGUGAAGACUUUGAAGCCAGGCACCAUGUCUGUUGAGGCCUUCCUUGAGGAAGCCAACCUGAUGAAGACUCUACAGCAUGACCGACUGGUGCGCCUCUACGCUGUGGUCACCAAGAUCGAGCCCAUCUACAUCAUCACUGAGUACAUGGCCAAUGGGAGCCUUUUGGAUUUCUUAAAAAGUGAUACCGGCUGCAGAUUACAGCUACCUAAGCUAAUAGACUUCUCUGCUCAGAUAGCUGAGGGCAUGGCUUACAUUGAGAAGAAAAACUACAUCCAUCGGGAUCUGAGGGCUGCUAACGUGUUAGUUUCGGAAAGCCUGCUCUGUAAAAUCGCUGAUUUCGGUCUGGCUAGAGUUAUUGAGGAUGACCAGUAUACUGCCAGAGAAGGAGCCAAGUUCCCGAUUAAGUGGACGGCCCCUGAGGCCAUUAACUAUGGCUCCUUCACAAUCAAGUCUGACAUGUGGUCAUUCGGCGUCCUCCUCUAUGAAAUCAUCACUUUUGGAAAGAUCCCUUACCCAGGCAUGAGUAAUGGAGAAGUCAUGACGUCUGUCCAGAGAGGUUACCGCAUGCCCAAACCCGAGAACUGCCCGGGUGAGCUCUACGAGAUCAUGACAAGCUGUUGGAAGGACAAGCCUGAUGACAGGCCCACCUUUGACUACAUGCAGAGUGUCCUGGAUGACUUCUACACAGCGACGGAGGGACAGUACCAGCAGCAGCCCUGAGAGGGGCAUCAUGGCGGGCAUCACAGGGGCCGCCAGGGCAAAAAUGAUCCACCCAGACUGAAAUGAAAUGAACAAACAUGACCUGGACGUGAUAGGUGUUCAGAGCUUUAUGGGUGCCAAUACAACUUGCUUGCUUUUUAA